CAACAAAGCACUUGUCCCUUUAAACCAGCAGCUAGUUAAAUAAACAGCUAAUAACAAAAUUAAAGUUAUUUACAUCGUAAAAGAAGUCGAAUAGAUGUCUGAUUCUCAAGAACAAUCUAAACAAGCCGAGGAGAAACCUGAUACACCUGAUCUCGAGGAAUCUGACGACAGCAGCGAGGAAGGUGACGCUUCUGGAGACACAGAAAUGGAUUUUUUGCGUAGCCUCUUCUCUAAGACUUUGGGUCUGAGUCCUGGAGAGAAAGUCCUUGAUGAACUAAGUCUUGAAGGAGUUGCUCAUCACAUGCUGAGUGGUAAAUGCAAGAAUAUUAUCUGUAUGGUGGGUGCAGGAAUAUCGACAUCGGCCGGCAUUCCAGACUUCCGCUCUCCUGGGACGGGCCUCUAUUCCAACCUGCAGAAGUACAACCUGCCCUACCCUGAAGCCAUCUUUCAAAUCGACUACUUCCAGAAACAUCCAGAACCUUUCUUCGCUUUGGCCAGGGAGCUCUACCCAGGACAGUUCAAGCCCACCGUGUGUCACUACUUUAUAAGAAUGCUGAAGGAUAAAGGCCUCCUGAGACGCUGCUAUUCACAGAAUAUCGAUACUUUAGAGAGGGUGGCAGGACUGGAAGGAGAGGACCUGAUUGAAGCCCACGGCACCUUUCAUACCUCGCACUGUGUGAGCUCGUUUUGCCGGAAAGAGUACAGCAUGGAGUGGAUGAAAGAGAAGAUCUUUUCAGAGGACAUCCCCAAAUGUGAAGGCUGCAACAGUCUGGUUAAACCUGACAUUGUAUUCUUCGGAGAGAACCUACCCGCUCGUUUCUUCACCUCGAUGAAAAAGGACUUUCCAGCUUGUGAUCUGCUCAUCAUAAUGGGCACAUCUCUGCAGGUUCAGCCGUUCGCAUCUCUUGUCAGCAGGGUUCCUAACAGUUGCCCUCGGCUCCUCAUCAACAUGGAAAAGACGGGACAGUCGGAUUUUCCCAUGGGGUUGCUGGGAUUUGGAGGAGGAAUGGAUUUUGAUUCAGAUAAAGCCUAUAGGGAUGUGGCCACUCUAGGCACGUGUGACGACGGUUGCUUGGCUCUAGCAGACCUGCUAGGUUGGAAGGCUGAGCUGCAGGAGCUGGUGAAACGCGAACACGCUCGCAUCGACAGUAAAGACGCAGCUGAAAAGAAAGGCCAGCAGGCCAGUCGGAGCUCUGGGGCCUCAGAGGAGAACGCCAAGGGUGCAGAAAGCGAGAAAACCAAGUAACGAAUCAGAGAAAGGGGAAAUGAUGAUGUGUCUUCCGGUCAUUUUGUGUUUCUGCUUUGUCUGUACGUUUGAAGUCGGUAUCAGUAAUGUGAUAAGGUUUAUUUUACAGAGUAUUGUAGAACAUUAAAUGAACAAAAACAUA